CUGCCCCCAUGAGGAGCUUCAGCAGCUUCCACAUCUCCCCAAUGAAAUGCAAGCCUGCAUUGCGAGUCCAUCCAUUGUGUGACAAGCUCCAGAUGGAAAUGGACCGCUGGUGUGUAGACUUCGCUUCGCCAGAGUCCUCGGACGAGGAGAUGAGGUCCUUUAUAGCUCAGAAGCUGCCCUUUCUCUCGUGCAUGCUCUUCCCCACAGCGCUCAACUCAAGGAUCCCAUGGCUGAUCAAGUUCGUAUGCUGGUUCACACUGUUCGAUUCGCUCGUCGACGACGUCAAGUCCCUGGGCGCGAAUGCCCGAGACGCGUCGGCGUUCGUGGGUAAGUACCUUGAAACCAUCCAUGGAGCUAAAGGGGCGAUGGCGCCGGUGGGAGGCUCGCUCCUCUCGUGCUUCGCCUCGCUGUGGCAACACUUCCGCGAGGACAUGCCGCCGCGGCAGUACUCGCGCCUGGUGCGCCACGUGUUGGGCCUGUUCCAGCAGUCGGCUUCGCAGUCCCGGCUCCGCCAAGAGGGCGCCGUCCUCACGGCCAGCGAGUUUGUGGCCGGGAAGCGCAUGUUUAGCUCGGGGGCGACGCUGGUUUUGCUCAUGGAGUAUGGACUGGGGGUGGAGCUCGACGAGGAAGUGCUCGAGCAGCCGGCCAUCCGGGACAUUGCGACGACCGCCAUCGACCACCUCAUCUGCGUCAACGACAUCCUCUCCUUCCGUGUGGAGUAUCUCUCCGGGGACUUCUCCAACCUCCUCUCCUCGAUUUGCAUGUCCCAGGGCGUCGGAUUGCAAGAGGCGGCGGACCAAACUCUCGAGCUGAUGGAGGACUGCAACCGGAGGUUCGUGGAGCUGCACGACUUGAUAACCAGGUCGAGCUACUUCUCCACCGCUGUGGAGGGCUACAUUGACGGCCUUGGCUACAUGAUGUCCGGGAACCUUGAGUGGAGCUGGUUGACUGCCCGCUACCAUGGUGUGGACUGGGUAGCGCCAAACUUGAAAAUGCGGCAGGGGGUGAUGUACCUUGAAGAACCACCACGUUUUGAGCCAACUAUGCCACUAGAAGCUUACAUUUCGUCUAGUGAUUCUUGCUAGACAAGGAAUGCCAUGUAUAUGCAUGCAAGGUUGUAAACUGUUUAUUGUUUUCUU